AAAGUCUCCACUUUUACUGUUUUACGUCACUUAAAUCAUUUUCCUUAUCCACUUUCCCUUGUUAAAUACACUUUCCUCUCAUCCAAACACCCCUUCACUCCAGGAAUCUGUUUUUCUCUUUGAUUUGCUUUAAUCUGUUUGUUAAAUAAAAAUUAAAUUAUCGAAGAAAGAGGAAAUGGUGAAGCCUCAAAAGCCUCCAUCUGGCCGCACAAAUCUAGCUUCGUGUAUUGUAGCAACGAUUUUCUUGAUCUUCGUUGUAAUAAUAGGUCUCAUCGUUUACUUCACCGUUUUUAAACCCACGGAUCCGAAGAUCUCCGUUAACUCCGUCCAGCUUCCGUCGUUCUCAGUCGGUAACAACUCCGUCAGCUUCACUUUCUCCCAAUACGUCUCCGUUAAAAACCCUAACAGAGCCGCUUUCUCUCACUACGACAGCUCUAUCCAGCUCAUUUACUCGGGUUCUCAAGUCGGAUUCAUGUUCAUACCCGCGGGAAAGAUCGAGGCGGGUCGGACCCAGUACAUGGCCGCAACUUUCGCCGUUCAGUCUUUUCCCUUGGCUGCACCAAAUGAGGCGUCGGCCGCAACGAUUCCUAUAACUCCGACGACGGGGCCCAUCGGUGUGAUUGGUGGGUUUGGCGGGAUUAAUAAUGGGAAUCGAGUUGGACCCACGAUGGAGAUAGAGUCUCGGAUGGAGAUGGCGGGUCGGACUCGGGUUCUGAAUUUCUUCACACAUCAUGUGGAUGCUAAAUCUGAGUGCAGAGUCAGCAUCGCAGUGAGUGAUGGUUCUGUUUUAGGUUUUCACUGCUGAUUUUUUUUGUCCUUUGUAGUUUUGUUCAUGUAACUUAAGAGCGGCUAAUUAUAAGAUUUCCAGAUU